AUGCCAGACCACGAGAAAAGGGACGCAGAACAGGAGCACAUGAAUGUGCCUCUGCCCAGUGAAGAUGAGGCAGAGAUGUCUAGCGACGACGGCUUCACUGUCGUCGCUAACAAAAAAACGAAAACAGGGGAAACAAGCAGGAUUCGCCCCCCUCUCACGAACCCGGCCUACAACAAGCAGGGCGCGCGCGCGCGUAAAACCCCGGCACGCCGGACUCAAGACCCGGAGAGCCAGCCGGCCCCCAGCACGAGUGCAGGUUCGAGCCCUGCCUCAGCAGAACCAGCCCCUCAGGCACCCAAAAAGAUGCAGGUUAAACCCCUGUUUGUUUUUGUCGACCAGGCACAUAGCUACCCGGUCAUAAAAGCUGCAUUAGAUGCAGCCCUGCUAGAAAAGUGGUCGUGCAUAAGUAGAGGGCACGACCAGCUAAUGGUACACACCGCCACAGUCACAGAGUACCACAGGGCAGUGAAGGCCCUAGAAGCGGCCGGAGUGCAGCACUCCGUGCUACUACAGCGGGACGAGAUCCCAAAUAAAUUCGUUUUCUGCCGCGUCCACAGCAGCAUGGACAAGGCUUUCAUUCAGGGGGAGUUCCAAAGAAUGGGACUCCCAGUACAAAAUUUUUGGUUCCUGACCAAUAGGCAGACCAGGCAACCAAUAAACAAAUUAGUGGUUGAACUCCCGAAGGCCAUUAACACAGACAAGGUCUACGCCAUCAAGUCCUUUGGUGGCCUCAACAUCAGAGUUGAGGACUACAGGCACCCUAAGGGCCCACUACAAUGUGGGAACUGUCAGCGAUUUGGCCACUCUGGCAAAGGCUGCAGAGCCUCCCCUGUGUGUCGCUGGUGUAGCCAGGGCCACAAAACUGAGGUGUGCCCCCAGGGAGGGGACAAAAAACAGAUGAAGUGCGCGCGCUGCGACGGCCCGCACUCUGCGAACUAUAGAGGCUGCAUGGCCUUUAAGAGAGAAAACUGGCGUCACCUCCCGCAGCAAGAAAGGAAGGAACGCGAGCUACAAUCUAAGCGCGCAAUGCGCGACAAUAGGCGAGCUGCAGCAGCAGCUCCAGUCCCCCCUCCCCCGCAACACGCGGGCCCCUCUGGGUGCCAGCCCCAGCCCCCCAGACAGGCGUGGAGAGCCCCCAGCUACCCCGCCCCGCAACAGUACAAUCAGUACACAGUUUUGGCCGACAGGUAUGAAACUGAGUAUCCAGUCAUUGCCAACCCGUGGAGGCCUAGAGGCCAGCCCCAAACACAAAGACCCCCGAAGAAAAACCUAACGGGGCACAAGAAUGGCAAAGGGAGACAGCCCCCAGUGGAACAGCCGGCCCCGAGGCAGGAACAGCCUGCGACACGGUCCCCUCCCCCCCCUCCCAAGGCUCCAGAGCAGCCAAUCACGCGGGCAGCGCCCGCAGCCACCGACAUGCAGGUAGAGCAGGCACAAACAGUGCAGCCAACUGCUCCACUGCAGCCGAGCCCCGUAAUAAAGCCAGCCCCUGGCCCUAGUGAAUUCCUGAAGGUUGUCCAGCAAUCUAAAACCUUCGCCCAGGAUCCGAACCUGGCCCAGGUCCUAGAGCCGAUGUGCCAACUGAUGGCCAUCUGGUGCAACCCGGCCAUGUCCCUUCAGGACAAAGUACAAGCCACCAUGGGCUUCGUGACUACCCUAGCGGCCAGCUUCAAUGGCCAACAAUCGUAA